AUGUUUUCCCUGCUCCCUCUACUAGUUGCCCCCUGCGUGCUGCAAUCUGUUUACGCGUCUCCGGGAGUAUUGCAGUGGAUUGCAAACAUCAACGCGACCACUCCUGGUCAUUUCCAGUAUCCGACUCAGUUCACACAGGACAUCGUACCCAAACCCAUACAUUCACAUAAUGACUACUGGCGUGAUGCGCCCUUGUUCAUGGCCUUGAGUUUGGGGGUUGCCAGCGUUGAAGCAGACGUUUGGCUGAUCAACCAGACGUUAUUUGUUGGCCAUGAAAAGGCGGCUCUCACAGAGAAUCGCACUUUCGCCUCGCUGUAUGUCGACCCGCUCACGCAAAUUCUGGCCACCAUGAAUCCAAAAGACUCGUUCACCGUCAAUCAAUCAUCACCGAAUGGCGUGUUUGACACAGCCAGUAAUAUACCUCUGCAGCUUCUCGUAGACAUCAAGACUGACGGAGUGGAGACGCUUCCCGCCGUGCUCCAAGCUCUCCAGCCCCUGCGAGAUGCUGGCUACUUGACGACGUUCGCGAACGGGAUCCUGACACAGUCGGUCAUCACAGUUGUAGGAACGGGCAACAGCCCCCUUGCGCAGGUCAAAGCCCUUGAGCCCAGGGACUACUUCUUUGAUGCUCCGUUGGAUCAGCUGAACGACUCAUCCCUCAACACUACAUGGGAUGCCACACUGUCCCCUCUUGCCAGCACCGACUACGAAGUCGUUGUUGGGUGGAGUGGUAUCGGCGACAUCAGUGAUGCGCAACGCAACAACCUUACGAGACUUGUAAAUGAUGCACAUUCCAGAGGUAUCAAGGCAAGGUUAUGGGACACGCCGGGUUGGCCCAUCAGCGCCCGGGACAACGUGUGGAGAGCGUUGAUGGACAAUGGGAUAGAUUGGCUAAAUGCGGACGACCUAGAAGCUGCGAGCCAGUUCUGA